AUGACUCCUAGACGUUUGUUAUUCCCAUCGAGUGAAGAUGAAUCAUCGCCACAAUACAACUUUUCACCAUUAUCUUCCACAGGAGAAACAUCUCCAUUCUUAUCCUUGAAGCCUAACAAUGUAUUAUCAAAAACAAGACGAACUCGUCCAUGUUGUCCUAUUAAUAAAGAAAAUGUUCAUUCAAUAAGUGAUAAUAAUAACAAUGUUGUACAACAACAACCACGUUUAGAAGAAUUUGGAUUUCGUCAAAAUUUAAGACGACAAACAUUUAUCGAUAAUAAUAAUAAUAACGCAAAAUAUGUUGUUUCCAAACAAUUAACAUCAUCUAGUCAAAAAUUAACAAAACUACCCGUUUUGAAACCAAUUAAUGAAGUUAGUCGAUUGUCCUUGUUUGAUGAAUUUGAUUUUGACGCAGGAUUAAAUUCGUCGUUAACUACAAUAAAAACGACAUUUGACAAAUCAAAAAAAUCGUCAACGAAAAAGAAACAGAAACGAUCACCUAUAAUAACUUUACCAGUUAGUGAACGAUUGAUAGCAUUCGAAAAUGAAAAUUCAAAAGACAGCGGUUUUUUCAGUCAGGGUACAAGUGAUGAAUUUUCAUCAUCAUUUAAAACAAGAGUAUCGGAUUAUGAACAUGAUCAAAUGGAGAUCUCCGCUUGUUCGCCAUCAUCUCCUCUAUUAAUAAAAACAUUCGAGUCUGUUUCAUCAUCAGACGAUGAAGACGACUUAAUUAUUGUAGAGCCAACACAUAAUGCUGUAGUUAAUAAAAAGAAACGUCUUGAACGCUCUGUAUCAUCGACAGCACUAACUGGUAAAGACGAAUUAAUAUCGAAAAGACGUAAAACAGACGAUCAUAGUGAGGAUGAAAAUGGAUUAAAUUUAAACGAACAUUUAAUUGAUGGACAAUCGUUACGUUCUCAUUAUAUGAUGCCUCAUACAGAACAACAAGUGAUGGAGUCAGUCGAUAUCGGUUUACAACAACAUAGUUACAUUGCUGAUCGUACAAAAUCCUAUUUGCUUCCAACAUUACCAUUCGCAAAACAUGCUGAUCUUCCGUCGAUUACGGGCGAUACAGUUCGUAAUUUGUUAAAUAAUGUUUAUAGUUCUGAGAUUGAACGUUUUUAUAUAAUUGAUGCUCGUUAUCCAUACGAAUAUGAUGGUGGUCAUAUAAUAACAGCUAGAAAUAUUUAUACAAAUGAGGGAAUUAUUGAACAUGUAUUAAAAACACCACGUAUUCCAAAUGAUUCAAAUAAACGUGUCAUUAUCAUUUUUCAUUGUGAAUAUUCAGCGGAACGUGGACCAAGAUUAUAUCGUUUUUUGCGUGAACAAGAUCGUAAACUUCAUAUGCAUUGUUAUCCUCGUCUUUAUUAUCCUGAAUGUUAUUUACUUGAUCAGGGUUAUAAAAAAUUUUACACUGAUCAUAAAGAUUUAUGUACACCACAAUCAUAUCGUACAAUGUUAGACGAACAGUUUCAAGAUCAAUGUCGACUUUAUCGAUCGGUUUCGAAACAAUCCGAAAAAACUACGGAUCAUCGUCGUACACGAUUACGACAAUGUUUAUCAUUUAAUCAAUUACUUUAA